CCCCGCCACCUCUCACACCAUGGACGUUGUUCUGGGCUUUGUGGGCGAUGGCUUCACCAUCAUUGCGACCGACGCCGGACAGACCCGCUCGAUUAUGCGGAUCAAGGCCGACGAGGACAAGAUUCCCGAGUUGGAUGAGUACAAGAUCAUGGGAUGCGCUGGAGAUGCCGGCGAUCGGACGCAUUUUGCGGAGUUUGUGGCCAAGAACCUCAAGCUGUACGAGCUCCGCAACGACACGGCGCUGACGACGGCCGAGGCUGCGGCGUGGACGCGCAAGGCACUGGCGGACGCGCUGCGGCGUAAGCCGUGGCAGGUCAACACGCUCAUCGGCGGGUACGACGAGGUUGACGGCGCCUCGCUGUACUUUAUGGACUACCUCGCAGCGAUGGCCAAGGUGCCGUUUGGCGCCCACGGGUACGGCGCGUACUUUACCUACGGCCUCAUGGACCGCAUGUGGCGGCCGAACAUGUCCGAGGACGAGAUCCUGGCCAUCCUCGACGCAUGCAUCGCCGAGCUGCAGACCCGCUUCAUGGUCUCCAUGCCGGCCUUUUUUGUCAAGAAGGUCGACGCCUCGGGUGUCACCGUCCUCCGCUCCAUCAACUCGUUUGAUGACGAGCGCGCCCGCGUCGGCGACGACGAAGCUGCGGCUGCCUCCACGAACUGACCGUGGAUCCGCCCCCCUCCCUUGCUCCCCCCCCCCCUACUCCCUACUCC